AUGGAAUAUAUGACGGAUAGUAUUGAACCAACCACGACUGCAGGCAAAAUUUUAUGUUGUCAAUGUGGUGUUUUAAUUGAACCGAAUGCACUUAAUAUGUGUCAUGGCUGUAUGCAAACUCAAAUUGAUAUAACAGAACUUAUUCCUAAACAAGGUCAAUUACAAAUGUGUAAUAAAUGUAUUCGUUAUCUUCAACCUCCGAAUACAUGGAUUAGUGCACAAUUAGAAUCACGAGAAUUAUUAACCGUUUGUUUAAAACGUAUUAAAGGAUUAAAUAAAGACGUAAGAUUAAUCGAUGCUGGCUUUAUUUGGACAGAACCUCAUUCAAAACGAAUAAAAGUUAAAUUAACUGUUCAAAAAGAAGUUGCUCAAGGUGCUGUACUUCAACAAACAUUUAUUGUUGAAUUUACAAUAUUUAAUCAAAUAUGUGAUGAUUGUCAACGAGUUGAAGCUAAAGAUUAUUGGAAAGCACUUGUUCAAGUUCGACAAAAAACUUCACAUAAAAAAACAUUUUUCUAUCUUGAACAACUUUUACUUAAACAUAAUGCUCAUGCAGAUGCAUCAAAUAUAAAACAAGUUAAUGGUGGUUUAGAUUUUUAUUUUUCAGAACAAAAUAGUUCAAGAAAAUUAGUUGAUUUUCUUAUGUGUGUUGUACCAUGCAGAUUUGAAACAUCAAAACGUCUUAUUUCACAUGAUAUACACAGUAAUAUUUACAAUUAUAAAUAUACAACAGCUGUUGAAAUUGUACCUGUUUGCAAAGAUGAUAUUGUAUGUUUAUCAAAGAAACAAUCGAAACAAUUAGGUAAUAUUGGCCCAUUAUGUAUUUGUUCACGUGUUACACAGAAUAUUUAUUUAAUUGAUCCAAAAACACUUAAAGUUGCACCAAUUUCAUCAAAUGAUUAUUGGCGAUCACCAUUUACUGCUAUAUGUGAUUCAAAACAUCUUGUUGAAUACAUUGUUUGUGAUGUUAAUAUUCUUGAUGGAAAUUCAAAACCUCAUGUUUAUGGAAAAGAAUCACAUAAGCAUGUUCUUGCUGAAAUAUUCGUAAUCAAAGCAUCUGAAAUUGGUAUAGUUGAUAAACAAUAUUCAACCAUUAGUCAUCUUGGUCAUAUUUUACAUCCGGGCGAUACAGUUAUGGGAUUCGAUUUACAAAAUACUAAUGUUAGUGAUACAAGUUUGGAUCAAUAUGAUAUUGAUCAACUAGCUGAUGUGAUUCUUGUCAAGAAAGUUUAUGCUGAUAAAAGUGUUCGUAAUCGACGACGUCAAUGGAAAUUAAAACAUUUAGAUGUUGAAGAUGCAGGAAGUGUUAAUAGUACCAUUGAACGAGAUUAUACCGAAUUUCUCGAAGAUCUUGAAGAAGAUCCUGUUUUAAGACAAAACGUUAAUGUUUACCGAGACGAGAAAAAAUUACAACAAACGUCAAAUAAUAUCGAUGAUGUAACAGAAGAUGAUAUACCUCAUAUAGAGCUUAAUGAAAUGUUAGCUGAUAUGACUAUGGAAGAUUCUGAUAAAAUGGAUUCAUAA